UUCGUUUUUUUUUCUCUCGUCGAUUUUCCUUUCGUCCGCCGUCGCCGUCGCGUAAUUUCGUUUCAUGUCCAAAUAGUCGUAUUUAAUCGUUCGCUUCUGUAGCUCUGUCCGGCUGGUUGAGUAAUGCGAUCAUCGAUCAACCAUGGCACUCUUAUAUAGGUUGGUUAAGUUGCCGGACCGUUUUCAAACUCAUGUGUUUACGUUUGUGGUGACCAAGUCAGUAACUCGUGACCCGGAUCGAGAUGUUACAUCCAAAGAAUUUGCUUGUGGUCAUCAAAAAUGGUCGAUCACAUUUUCACGAACUGACAAGAUGUUAGGUGCAUAUCUAGUGUGGAAGAGUUCUUCCGAGUCGGUGCGAGUUUAUGUGGAUUUUACAUUUACUAUACUGAACCGUGAACAUUUCAGUGUCAACGAAUCAUUUGCUGGCAAGCAAGUGAAGUUUACGACGGACUGCCCGGCCCAGGGGAACCGAAACUACAUACCGGUCAGCGACCUGUACGGCCGAAACUUCACGGACGCGAACGGCGAGUUCCAGCUGGAAUUGUCCAUCGGUCACGUGCGCACACUGUACGACACAGAGUUCUGCGUGCCCACGUCGCUCACGUCCCGGCUGUUGCAUCACCACCACCAGAUCCAGAACCACCACAACCCGGCGGCUGGAAAUGCUCUCCAGCACCAGUACGGCACGGCGUCGCCCAGGGGGACUAAGUGCAAGCUGGAGACCUCGUACUUCACGUUCGGCGGGUUCGACUGGAACUUAGCGCUGUACCCUCACGGCGUAAAAGACGUUUCGUGUACAUCGGUUGAAGGUCGUAUGUCGGUGUAUUUGAAUCGUUGCACAGGAUUCGAUCAUCAAUGCCGUGUUCGAUACAUGUUAGUUUUGGGCGAUGGAGAAAAACGUCUGGACUCGGGAAUAUUAGAUGAUGUAUCCGAUUCAGAUGGAAAAAGCUAUGGCUGGCAUCCCAGAUAUAAGUUUUCCGAGCUUGUUUCAAAGGGAACAGUUCGGGUACAUCUAGAGAUGUUAUUGGCAAACACUUUAAGUGAAGUUAUAUCCAGUAUAGUGAUAACAGGAAUCAACCAGCACGGGGUGUCGACGGUAGCGUCUAGUGGCGUGGUAGCGUCACCCACGAAAACGCAAUGUUACGACCGAGACAAGCACGCGUGGUCUAUAAGAAGCGAUUGCCAAUCAGAAACAGUCAGACUUCAUAUGGUCUACAAGGACAUUCAGAAUGUGCCCAGAAAUCAUCUCAGGUAUGUUUGUUGGACGGCAUACUUGCUACGUUACCACGGAAAAACGGGUCACGUAGAACCGGUGCCAUUGCCAGGUGCACCAUUUAGUCACUAUUACGCAACUGAUGCAACUGACGAAGGGAUUAUAAUGGAAACCGACAUAAGCGUCAAAGAGCUCCGCGAUUCAGGUUGUCCUUUUUUAACAGACAAAGGACAAUUGAGGGUACAAGUUGAAUGGGAAGAAAGCUAUUUACUGUUCCAAGCUACAUACCAUAAAUAUGAUGACGUCAGUAGAACUCACAACUAUCAGAUGAGGCGCGAGAUCACGGCUCUGCAGGCCGAAAACUACAGCCUGGAACGGCAGCUGUUCAGCUACCAGAAGAGCAUGUCGCUGGUCCAGAGCCGAGGAACCACUUAUUCGGACGAACUGGACCCUUCGGACGGCGGCGGCGGCGGCGGCGGCGUGCCGGUGGACGAUCGCGAUGUCCAGCUGCACCACCAGCACCAGCAUCAAGGCGGCGGCGGCGGCGGCGGCGGUGGCGGUGCGUUCUACGACGACGGUGCGCCGCUGCAACCCGCGGCCGCCGUCGGCCCGGACGGUUACCCGCUGGCCCAGCACCACCAGCACCACCACCAGCAGCCGCACCAUCAACUCCACCAUCACCACCCGCUGCCGCAGCCGCCGCAGCAGCACCACCAUCACCACCCAUGAGGUCGGCUGUCGUUCCACGAGACCGACGACGGCCACCGUCACGUGCCCCAUUACCGGCACUCGGACGGCGGCGGCGGCCCGGCCACGUGGACGUCGAUGGCCAGCAACGCGGUCACUACCGUGUUCAAAAAGGCCCAGAGACGUUUCAGCGUCAUACUCUACAACAGCAACAAUCCCAUGUGAGAGCGUCCCGACAGAAAAAAAAAUUUAAAAAAAAAAAAGAAAAAACGUAUUACGAUGAUAUUUCUAUGCCCGGCACGGGGUUCUUAACCGGGGGUCCGUGGAUCCCUCGGGGGGUCCGCAGACGGUUACUCGGGGGAGUCCGCCCAGAAACAAAUAUUUGUUUCGAUAGCGUUUUUUUAAGAUUUUAACAAUAAUAAUGUCUCGCUCGCAUUUACUUGAUUAUAUAUAUAUAUAUAUAUUUAUUAUUUUUUUUUUUUUUUGUUUUGGUGGGGGUUCCGUGAUUACAUUUCGUGCUUUAAAAUGGUCCACGGGCCAGAAAAGGUUGAGAAUCUAUGUUCUCUGCGGUCUUAACUCGAUAAUUUUAAUAAAAUUACCAUAAAGUUGUUAGGUGAGAGGUAGAUGUGUUGCGUGCGUUACGCCUGUGCGUAUUAUGAUAAUAUUGCGUUUGAUUUUUUUUCGUUUUAUUCAUGUUAGACGUUUGUAUCGUAUAGGCGCAUUACAUUUUAUCGUAAAAAUUAUCGUUACGAAUAAUACGGAACGAGUGGAGAGGUUGAUAAAUCGACAGAGAGAGAGAGUGAGAGAGAAAAGAAGUGAACGACAGGAAAGUAACUCCCCCUAAUUUUCUUGCCUUCUUCAAGUUUUGACCGACAAAAUAUGUACGUAUAAUUACUGCGUAUUUCAAACUACAACUACUACUACAUAAAAAAAAAAAAAAAAAAAAUGGUUUAACGAAUACGUUUUUUGUUUUGGUUUUUUGACACUAAAUUUAUUGUAUAUAUUAUAUCAUAAUAAUACUUAUCGCGCGCGAAAACCCGACGAACUUCGUCACGCAUAAUAUAAUAAUAUAUUCAUGUUUAUUAUAUAGUUACCUGUAUUAAACAGGUAAAAACACGCCCGUAAGUAUAAUAAUAAUUAAUUACAAAUAUAUAUGUACAU